AUGGUGAGUCCCGUCGCGGCGUCUGGCCACCCGAUGACGGCUGGGAUCCGCUGCUGCAGUGCGUCCGCGCGGGGACCUGCGAGGCCGCGCCGUGGCUGUGACCUUCUCUUCAUGCCCGCGGAUCCACUCCCGCAGCGUGUGGAGUGCAAUGCCUCGUACGCGUACCACUCCCUCUACGCCUACUUCAACCGGGACAAUGUUGCCCUUAAGGGCUUUGCCAAGUUCUUUAAGGAAUCGAGCGACGAGGAGAGGGAACACGCGGAGAUGCUUAUGGAGUACCAGAACAGACGUGGAGGGCGGGUGAGGCUCCUGUCUAUCGUGACCCCAUUGACAGAGUUCGACCACUCUGAGAAAGGCGAUGCUCUGUAUGGUAAGUUUAUUUAUGGUUGUGGGUGUUUAUGCAUAUUCAGUUCUUAGAA